AUGCAAGCCCCAAAACUCACAAUAUUCUUAUUUUUGAGGCCAGCUGUAGGACUUCACCCCCCAUCUAAGUUAGCUCUUAAGGCCUCCACUUGCUCGAAGUAUAGCUCGCAAUACCGGCAUUUGCCAUUGAAAAACCAAUUGUGGUGCUUUAUGCAGUGGUGUACCGUGAUCGAACGUCACCGGAACACCCAAUAUGAGAAGGCCAUUUUGGGUACGAUACCUCAGUUUGCCUGUGAGAAGUUUCCUGGCUCAGAGCCAAUUUUGGCUACCCAGAUGAAGUCUGUUGUCUCCUUUUCAUUUGCAUCUUCUGGUGCAACCCCUCAGACUUUACCUUUUGGUUCAUUCUCUAUUUCCACCUCAGCUUUUGGCACUUCGGCUCCAUUAUUUAGUUCAACUCCUCCUUCUCGACUCUCAAAUUUUUCAACUCCUUUUGCUACAGAUGGUGUCUCCGUGCCACACGGAGAGAAGAAUGUAGGGAAGACCAGUAAGAGUGCCUCCAAAGCUGGGAAAUCAAAAGAACCUGAGAAUGAGAAGCCGCAGAUGUUCUGGGCUCCUGCACCGCUGACAGCCAAGUCAUGGGCUGAUGUGGAUGAUGAUGAUUACUAUGCCACCAUUGCCCCUCCCCAGUCUCCUUGGGGGGAGGGGGGGGAGGGUUCGAACAAACCUGAAGAGACUCAUAAACCAGACGCCUUGGAGGUUGUUGUGGAUAUGAGGAUAUCUUUUAAGUAUCUUUUGUACCUUUUCGCAAAAUUUUCGAAUGACUUGUGUGCAAUGAUGGACUAUGAGAAGAACCUCAGAUAUUUGAUGCGUGCUUCUCUUGCUGUAUUUCCCUAUAAUAGUAGCAGUUACUUGCAAAUAUACUAUAAUGGUGAUGAAUGGUUUUCAGUGGUGAUUUCUGGACUGUAG